UCGAUGAUCUCGUGUCUUUCGAAACAUGUAUACGUGAUCGAUACUUUCUCUUCAACAAUCUGUGACUGGAACCUGGUGGUUGCUGGAACUUUCGCUGAAGGGGGUCUUGCGAAUGGCCUAGGCCAGUGAGAAAGAGAGUUUGUGACUAGAAUAGGUCACUUCAUAUGCUAACUAUUCCCUACCAUACGUUGUGCUGAUCUAACCUUCUCUCAACCCUAAGCAUCCUGCUGAACUAGUGGCUAGAUCUCCAACUCUAUCGUCCGAUCAUGUCAAGCACGAAUCGAGAUGCGCCAGUGCAUGUACCAUCCGGAAGUCAAGGAAUGGUUCACAAGUCUAAUUCAUCUCUGACUCUCUCGUCCACUUCGGAGUCCAGAUUUCCUGCCAUAAUCCCAUCUGUAUCACGAGAGCGAGGCACAGACCCUGAUGCUCCUUGGACGGCCAGCACGUGGGUAGGGAAUUUCAAUAAGGAGAAGAUGUUUAGAGCACUGCAGAAGGCGGGCAAACACGUCAGUGUAUAUGGCAAUACGCCUUGGAGAAACUUCGCGUCAUGGGAUUUCGCCAAGGCUAUCGUCGUCUGUCGCAAUAAGCGCGUCGACCAAGGACUUAUCGAAGGAACACCAGUCAUGGACACUGAGAAGAAAAUCUAUACGCGAAAGCCACGAUCCAUCGGCUCCGCCACAAAGAACGAUCUUUCCCAUAUACAUACAGCUCCAGGGAAAGAGCCCAAAUUGAUAACGAAACGCCAAAUUCGGCUCAUUCUGGGGGUCCUCCGUUCACAGCUUCUCAUGAUCAAAAAUGCUGCUAGUGAUGAGGCGGAAACCAUGCAGCACGGCAGUCCACAAGGGGGAGUAGAUGACACAAAUCUACUUGGCAACCCUUACCCAGAGGAUAGCAGGACACCUCUCACAGACUACAGGAUCAUAUUUGACAGCUCUUCGAGGCCCAUCAUUUCAGGCGAAGCUGAAAUGCUGGUUCGCAUGGUCUUGCACCGUCAACACAAAUCUCUCUUUUACCGCCAGCAGUGCGGAGACAUUGCCGACGAGAAGAAGUUCUACUCGGAGUGCCUUGGAGGAGUCUAUGAUGUUGAAAAGGCUAAGCUAUGGCGAGAGAUCAUGAUGAGCAUCAGUGGUGACAUUGAAGAUAGCGAGAUAGGAAAGCAGGUAAGAGCUAUUGUCAACGACACUUUUGCCGAUGUAGAUGAUCUGUAG